AAACAAAACAAAACAAAACAAAAUGCCUUUCCGGCGGUGACGACCUACCCACGAGAACAUCCCUCUCCAGAAGAGGAGAAGAGGAAACACAAGAAGAAACGCCUGGUGCAGAGCCCCAAGUCCUACUUCGUGGAUGUGAAAUGCCCAGGAUGCUAUAAAAUCACCACGGUCUUUAGCCACGCACAAACGGUAGUUUUGUGUGUUGGCUGCUCCACUAUCCUCUGCCAGCCUACAGGAGGAAAAGCAAGGCUUACAGAAGGAUGUUCUUUCAGGAGGAAGCAGCACUGAAAGCACUCUGAAUCAAGAUGAGUGGGAAACCAUCUCAAUAAACACAUUUUGGAU